AUGCUGUACAUCAUUGGACUUGGUCUCUACGACGAGAAAGACAUCACUGUGCGCGGUCUUGAGGCAAUCAAAUCAUGCGACAAAAUCUUUCUUGAACAUUACACAGCAAUUCUGCAAUGCGAUGUCACCCGCCUUGAAGAGUUCUAUGGGAAGAAGGUGAUAGUUGCAGACAGAGAUCUUGUUGAAAGUGAGGCAGACGUGAUUCUUGAACCAGCUAAAACAGAGAAAGUUGCGCUGCUUGUAGUUGGUGAUGUUUUUGGAGCAACAACACACUCGGACAUCUUCUGCCGAUGCAAAAAGAGUGGCAUUGAAGUCAAAGUCAUUCACAACGCAUCGAUCAUGAAUGCUGUUGGAUGCAGUGGUCUCCAAUUGUAUCGCUUUGGGCAAACCGUCUCUGUCUGCUUCUGGACUGACAACUGGAAACCCUUCUCAUACUACCAACGCAUCAAAACAAAUCGCGACAACAACAUGCACACACUCGUCCUUCUCGAUAUCAAAGUCAAAGAACGCAGUGAGGAAAACAUCAUCAAAGGAAGAGACAUCUUCGAACCACCACGCUACAUGACAAUCAAUCAAUGCAUCGAUCAACUCCUUCAAGUCGAAAACUCACAGAAGUCCGGCGUCUACAACGAAGAUACCUAUGUCGUCGGAUUGGCUCGCGUCGCCGCACCAGACCAGAAAAUCGUCUUUGGCAAAAUGAAGGAUCUUCUCACUUACGACUUCGGCGCACCCCUUCACUGCCUCCUCAUCCCAAGUCCACAAAUCGACGACCCAGAACUCGACCACCUCAACUUCUAUAAAUUUAAGUGA